AUGGACUUGGGAGCGCCUGCUCUCGUCGCCGUCGCUGUCGUUGCCGGGUGUGCGUUUGCUCUCGCUCGUGGGCUUGGAUUCGGGCUCGGGUUCAAAUUCGAGGUCGAGGUCGUCGGCGGCGGGAUGUCCGUCGCAACAGAGGGGGAGAUGGGAGGGAAGGAGGUCGAGGUCGCGGUAGAGGCCGACGAGGCAGGUUCUGUACUUCUGGACGAGCGCGAGUUCCAGCUUGCCGUGCUUCGUUCUGCCAUGGAUUACGCCGCCAUUGGGAUUGGCGACAACAGUUUACAGUACAGUGUUGUAACGUUGGGGUUUAAUCGCCGGCGCCUAAAUUGCCCCAUGAGCCCGGCAGAUCGUUUCGACCCCCUCCAGUCAUCAGGCGAGUGGGAGGCCGGGGGCGCUGUUGAGGAUAAUCAGAUAGCGAAGCUUGUCGAGAUUCGACAGACACUGGAAAACCUAGAGUAG